CUGCACGUGACGCACGCGGAGGAAGGCGAGAGGGAGCGCGCCGCCUGGGGUGGUAACUGGGUCCAGCUACUCAAGUCCCAGCGGGCGGUGGGCAGGAAUGCCGAACUUCAGUUUGAACGAGGUCUGGAGCCAAAGGGGUUAAAAUAAGCGACUCCCCCACUUCCCGCCUCCCUAAAACGUCUGUCCCGCUAGCCAUGGGCAGCCGCGAUCACCUGUUCAAAGUGCUGGUGGUGGGGGACGCCGCAGUGGGCAAGACGUCGCUGGUGCAGCGAUAUUCCCAGGACAGCUUCAGCAAACACUACAAGUCCACGGUGGGAGUGGAUUUUGCCCUGAAGGUUCUCCAGUGGUCUGACUCGGAGAUGGUGCGGCUCCAGCUGUGGGAUAUUGCAGGGCAGGAACGCUUCACCUCUAUGACACGACUUUACUAUCGGGACGCCUCUGCCUGUGUUAUUAUGUUUGAUGUUACCAACGCCACUACCUUCAGCAACAGCCAGAGAUGGAAACAGGACCUGGACAGCAAGCUCACGCUGCCUAAUGGAGAGCCCGUGCCCUGCCUGCUCUUGGCCAACAAGUGCGAUCUGUCCCCUUGGGCUGUGAGCAGAGACCAGGUUGACCGGUUCAGUAGAGAAAAUGGUUUCACAGGCUGGACAGAAACAUCAGUCAAGGAGAACAAAAACAUUAAUGAGGCCAUGAGAGUCCUCAUUGAAAAGAUGAUGAGCAAUUCCAGAGAAGAUAUGUCUUUGUCCACCCAAGGGAACUAUAUCAACCUGCAAACCAAGCCCUCCUCCAGCUGGGCCUGCUGCUAAGAGCGUUUGGCUUGUUUUCCCUCCCAGUUCUACGAGGUCUUUCUUGUCCCUUCGGCUGCCCACCCAGCAGUUUUACUGAGUACAUUUCAGCUGCCCCCUCCCGACUGUCCAGUAAGGAGGGCCAUCAUCACUCAGUAAAGACACCUGGGACCGACGUGCAUUUCUGCCUCUUGUGCAAGUUGCCUCUCACUUGCUGUGGCCCAGUUAGUGCCUUCUGUACAAGAAAGUUUGUCUCAUCCCUCAGUUUGUGAUCUGGGAUUUCGUGGGAAGGAUUAGAAGUCAGCAGCUCUGGGUUUUGUUUGUUUUUAAAAGAGGUACUGGGGAUUGAACCCAGGACCUCAUGCAUGCUAAGCAUGUGCUCUACCACUGAGCUCUACCCACCGCCCUGCCACCAGCAGUUAUGUUUUAAGGAUCAUACUUCUCACCUGCCUUUGAGCAUAUUUUUCUGUUUGAUGUACAUUGAUAUCUCAGUCUAAUAGGCCUUCAGGUUGCAAGGAAAAUGAGAUCAAAGGUCAUUUCCCAAAUUCCUUGUAAGUCAUUGCUUGGACUUUGAAUUUAAACAUCUGAUUCUUAGAUGCAGAAGGAGUGGGACUGGAUAUCUAUGGGUUUGGGGCCACUGGAGGUAAACCAAAAAGUCACUGCAUUCUUUUAAGCUUCUAAAGUCAUAAUUAGGUUUCUCGUCUUGGUUUAAGAAUAGUCAGCCUUUUAAACUGUAUAUCUUGUGUGAUGAGGACAUUUCUUUCCCCAAAGAAAUUAAUUCUCACAUUAAGGUUUCCUAGUGUUGCUCUCCCAGUGGGAUGGGGGUGGAGUUUGCAGGUUUCUGGGUUGAGGUCUUGCUGCCUAAUGCCCUGAAAUAGGUCUGUUCUUCGCAGCUCCCAGAGUCUGAAUGGAAGAAGAGAGAGAGGUUAGCAGAACAAAAUCCUGUGGGGCAACUUGCUUAAGAGCACUUUGGGUAGCUAGCACUUAACAGCCAUAGGAAAUAAACAUUGUGUUUAUACCUUUGCCUGGAAGUGGAGAGUAGACAGAAAAUCAUUAGGUAAUUUAAGUGCUAAAUUGGGUGGAGUUUUUAGUAUCAAAUCACUUCUAGACAGUUUAAUUCGUUAAAUUCUCACAGGAUGGUGAUUUAUAACCAACCCAAAGUUAUGACUAUUCUUAGUGCCCUCAGAGGUAUAGAGUUCUUUGAGAGACACUUAUUUAUAUAAGUGUCCUAAGUCUGUGGUUCCCAAAUCUGACUGAUCAGAACCACCUGGGAAGUUUGUUUAAAAUUUAAAAAAUAAAAUGCUUUAAAAUUUCUGUUUCCCAGCCUCAAACCUACUGAAUCAAAAUGUCCAGGGGUGAAGCAUGGGAACUUGGUGGUGGUGGUUUUCAAAGCUCCCCAGGUGAUUCUGAUCAGCUUGGUUUGGAAGCCAUUGCUGGAGAACUUGGUAAGGAUACAGAGACCCAGGCUUUCUCUGUGGAAAUGAUCUGGGCUUCCAUAGGCUCUGUUAGCCCUCCAAAUGGUUUUGAUACACACCAGACUUUGAAACCCACUGUCCUAAGAGAGAGCAGAGGCCAGACAUCAAAAAGAGCCUUCAGUGGCUGGUUGGUUUUUAAUGCCAGUUAUAAAUUUUGCACAGUCUUUUGAGACAUUCAGGUUCUUUUUUGUAUUACCCUUUCCAGGUAGAGUUUUUAUUACAACGAUUCUGCAAAUAAUAGUGGAGUAACAAGUUCUCUGUGAAAAGAAAAUUGAUUUUAUAUUCAUUGGUUUGAACUCUUGCAAAAUCACAAAUAAAUGGGAAAUGCAUAUUAUA